AUGCUGGGUGGGGGCUCCUCUGGCGAAGGGCCACUGGGCGCCGCCAGCCGCCUGCCGCCGCCGAGCCCUGCCCCGAGGGCGCAAGGACGGCCGAAGAGGCCACGCCCCCGAGGCGUGCGCCCGCCCGGGCCUCCUCACUUCGGGUCCCAGGCGGCGCUCCAGAACUUCGCCGCCCCGCCUGCAGGGGCCUUCCAGCCCCUCGCCUGCGCGGCGGCCUCCACGCUGGAGGUCCUGGGCGCCCUCGACGCCGCCCUGGCGGCGGCGGCCGGCCACGGCGAGAGGGCUCCGCUGCUGGCCGCGAGCGUGCAGCCCCUGUACAUCGAGCAGGACCUUCGGUCGGCCAGCGCCUGGUCGACGCCCUCGGUCAGCCGCACCGUGGUGCCGAUGGUGCCCCCGGCGCUGGGCUGCCAGCUGGUGUGCGCCAGCAUCGUCUCCCCCGCGGCGCCGAGCCGUCACGGCGGCGCCGGCGCUCCAGCCCGUGGGGGAGCCCUUGGCGCUGUCACGCCUCCUCCGGGGCGUGGCGCUCAGCCUGAAGAACUGCGGCGACGUCGGCCUGCUGCUCAGGCGCCGGGCCUGGCUCUCUGGGGGCGUGCCGGGGGACCUGCCCGUCGCGGUGCCGGGCACGCCUUCGGGCGACGGCGGCUCCGGCGCGGGAGCGGC